UGGAAACAAUAUGCUUCAGACACUUGGAAGCGCUGAAAUGAAAGACCACUUUAUUAUCAUGUGACCCCCAGAGCACCACUGAGUGCUACUGCCUACACGUAGAGUGGGCAGUUAAUUCAACUCUCAGACGAUUCUUCAAUUUUUAACAUACAAACAGGCAGUGUUUUAAUACAACAGUGAGACUGAAUGUGUUAAGAGAUUAUGCAUCCUAUUAUAGGAAAUCACCUCUUGAACCAAGUCUAGUAUAUACUCAUAUUGAUAUAUCAGUUGUACUGUAUUUUGUAUAAGCUAUACUCUGAUUUUAACUGUAGUAAUAAUUAAUAAUAAUUCACACUGACAGUAGGUAGUGCUAGAGAGCCCUGUAGAAACAGACAGAGAGGGUACUAUUCCAGGUUUUAAAUCUGCACACAAGUGACAUCAUUUUUCCACAGAGAGGCAAAUACACUACACACUGUGACACUAACUCCUCUUUCACUUAAUUCGUUGAACCUCUAUUCUGAAAAUGUCUGUAAUUCUUCUGGGCUGUUCAUGCUGAAAUACUAAUUACUCAUCUCAAGGUAAUUACUGUAGUUACACAUAAAAUGCAUAAACACCUUGGAACAACAUUAUUCAGAAAUAUGGCAUUAAACUUAGAUUUAAGGGAAUUCCACAACAAAAUACCCAGGAUAUGAAAGACAUUUAAAGCUCUAGGACAUCAACAGAUUGCACCCAACUGCAAAAACUACACACAUUAUUGGAGGUGUGUGUAAAGUUUGAGCAGGUGUUGGCCGGUAUUAUACAGUAUGUGUAAGUAUCUGACAGAUCUGUCCCUCCCCUCUGAGCUUAAGGAAUGUUUAGUCUGCAAACUUUCAAUGUGCAACAGGCUGUUCUGGUCCAUUCACAAAGUCACUAACCUGGAGGUGUCGGAGAGAAUUAAGGACAAUGAACAAACUAAACACCCGUAGAAAUGACCAGGAUAACUAAUAAGUCCUUGUUACCUGCAUAUAUUAUUACCCAUAAUACAUAAGAAAAUAUACCUGACUGUUAAGAAAAAUGUACCAGGGGAGCUGGAAAUAUUGUCCCCAAAACACAGACAGUGAAUCUGGUGUUCCCAUAGCAACUCAAUCCUAACCCAGCAUGUGCCACAGGUUAUGUUUUCACUGGAAUCCAGUGAAAACAACCUGGCACUAGGAAUAGACAAUUCUCAGCCACAUUUUACACAACAGUGGUCAAAUCCACACAGUUCUGUUGUAAUAUUCUGCUUCUCAAAUAUGUGUCAUUUCAGGAUAAAAACUGUUUUCACUGUAUUGGUGGGGUUUCUUUUAACCUCUUGUCAAUCUUCCUGCUCUCUGUUAUGUUGACACAGACACAGAAGAAACUGUGGGAGCUUCAGUGUGAAAUGCCUUCAAGAUGUGCAGGUUUCUGAGUCUGUAUCUCUUCCUUUCAGUAAUAAUUGUGUUGCGUAAUUUAAUUAGAGGUGUAUUGUGUAACUUCAGUGCAUCACUGCCGCAUUCAUGUUUUUAAAAAAAUAUUUACUGUCAAGCAGAGAAGAGUGGCACUGGCAGCAACUUGGCAGAAACUGAGUUUCUCAUAAAAAUGCAUCUGAAAACACUAUGGAGAGGCCUAUGUAAGAAUGCUAAUUUAAAAAAAAGAAAGCUAAAAUGAAAACAAUUGCAGUGUGGAGGAAUGACUCCUGACUUUCACUUUUGUUAACAGCUAAUUUGUCUUCCAUCAGACACUUCCUCCACCUUGCAUUGUCCCAGCAGCGACUCAUAUCUCACCGGCAGCAAUAAAGUCUGAUAAAGACUUACUCGUAGACUCCUGCUGACAAGUGAUGCCAGGCAGGAGCACUUCCAUAUAGGAAGGAACACUUUUGUCAUUGCUGCCUGUUUCUGUGUUUAACUUCACUGGCGUCCGUGCACUGGCGUCACGUUUGUCCUUUCUGAAGGCUCAGUGGAAAACGAAAUCUACAUCUUUGUUUUUUCCAUAUCAUCAAUGCAAUGCUGCUUCUCAGACGCUGCCACAGCCUGACUGGAUUUGGCCCUCUCAACACUCAGAGGCAUCAAGUGGCUCCUGCUGUGAGAUCGUAUGCGGUUCGUCUCUGGAGCAGCAGCAGCAGUGACGACCAGAGAUCGUACCAGGGCACCCAUGGCCCCAGCUGGAGACAUGGCCUGGCCGGGCUGCUGGCUGGUACAGGUGCUGUACUGGCUUAUGGCUUCCACCAGCACAAGGCUGAACGGGCAGAAAGCAGAGUGCAGACCAUAGAGAAGACCUCCUCUCUUCCCGUCUACAGCCAGGAAGAGGUCACAAAGCACCGCUCUCUGGAGGAUGGCGUGUGGGUCACUUACAAAGGUGGCGUCUAUGACAUCACCAAGUUUGUUGCCAUGCACCCUGGUGGGGAUAAAAUCUUGUUGGCUGCUGGUGGGGCCCUUGAACCCUUUUGGGCACUGUAUGCUGUACACAACCAGGAGCAUGUGCUAGAAAUCCUCUCAGAAUACAAGGUCGGUGAGCUGAGUGCAGAAGACCAGAAGAAGCAGCAGGCACUUAAAUCAUCUGACCCCUACUCGUCUGACCCAGAGCGUCACCCUGUCUUGCGCAUCAACAACCUCAAGCCCUUCAACGCUGAGCCGCCUCCUGAAAUCCUCUCCGACAGCUACAUCACCCCCUCUGCUAUAUUCUUCAAAAGAAACCACUUACCAGUUCCUCGGGUGGACCUGGCUUCUUAUCGGCUCCAUGUGGAGGGGCUGCCUGGAGGAGAGCUCACGCUGUCUUUAGAAGACUUGAAGACUCGAUUCCCCAAACACACAAUCACUGCCACGCUGCAGUGUGCAGGUAACCGCCGCUCUGAGAUGAAUAAGGUCAAGCAGGUGAAAGGACUGAACUGGGGCAUUGCUGCAAUCAGUAAUGCUACAUGGAGCGGUGCUAAACUCAGGGACGUGCUCCUGGCGGCCGGCUACGGGCCAGAUGUGGCUAAGUGGGCUCGCCAUGUUCAGUUUGAAGGACUGGACAAGGAUGUGACAGGCACUACCUACGGCGCUUCCAUCCCUCUAAACAAGGCGGUCAGCGAGGAAGGCGAUGUGCUGCUGGCUUAUGAAAUGAACGGCGAGGAGCUUCCUGCCGACCACGGCUUCCCUGUCCGCGUCGUGGUACCAGGCACAGUGGGCGCACGUAACGUCAAAUGGCUUGGGAAGAUCAUAGUGAGCGCAGAGGAGAGCAGCAGCCACUGGCAGCAGAACGACUACAAGGGUUUCUCUCCCGGAACGGACUGGGACACCGUGGACUUCAAGUCUGCUCCCGCCAUCCAAGAGCUACCCAUUCAGUCCGCCAUCACCACACCGGCAGACGGCGUUGUGGUUGAUCGCAGCGCAGAAGAGGUGACUGUGAAGGGCUACGCGUGGAGCGGCGGCGGCAGAGAGGUGGUACGUGUGGAUGUUUCCCUCGAUGGAGGAAAGACGUGGCAGGUGGCCCAGCUGAGGACAAGCGACAAGGGAGUAGCUCCCGAGCCCUCACCCCCGCCAGGACGAGCCUGGGCCUGGAAGCUGUGGGAGUUGACAGCUCCUCUUCCACCUGAAGCUCAGGAGCUGGAGAUAGUUUGCAAGGCAGUUGACAACAGCUACAACAUGCAGCCAGACACAGUGCCUCCCAUCUGGAACCUGAGGGGCGUCCUGAGUAACGCCUGGCACAGAGUGAAGGUGAAGAUCAGAGAGGAUAAAGAUGAGGAAUAGACUCAGUGGUUUGAUGCAGAAGUUUCAUCGCCUGGUACAGAGUCAUUGGACAAUGAGCAUGAAUCUGUUACUAGGGCUCAGCAGGAAAAUAUACAAAAGAAAGAAAAAACAUAGAGACAAAGUACGCACAACGUUUUGAAGUAUUACAACAACCACAGCAGGUUUUUUUUGACACAGUCUUGAAGUAUUUAUGCAGUUUGGUUGCCUGUGAGAUGUGAAAGAUUUUCAACAACAAAACUAAAGGCUGUAAAUGACUAAACCAAAAGAUGGUCAGUUUUAUCAAGUGAUGAGUCACUUACUUUGGUCUUAACUGAACAUAUGAGUCUGAGAUUUGUAGAAAAGAAAACAUUUAUUUUUGUAAUCCUUGUUGACAUUCUUUAACACUAAAGAUGCACAGAGGUUUGUCAUAAUUUAAAAGCCUCAUUUUAGACAAUAUAAUGAAAUCUAAUUGAAGAGAUGUUUUGAGUUUAUUAUCGCUUUAAAUAAAGGGUACUGGAGUUGCUUUUCUUUAGAGAGCUAACCAAGACUGGAAAUAUCUAAGAUAUCAUAUCACAUUGUGAGUUUUUUGUAUCUGCAGCCGUUGCUUAUAGAUAACCAAUGAAAAAGAGAAAAUAAUAAAGUAACUUUUUAUGGUAGAAGUUUGAGGAGCUUGAAGAACUGUCAGUGGCCGAGCUCAUCAGGUCUUGCUUUUAGCCAGCAAAUCACAGGUGAACUGUGGCCUUGGGGGUGCCACUCAGUUUGUCCCUCACUGUUUCACAGUUAGUAUGAAGUACCAGACCCCACCAUGGAGACCUAGGUCUAGUCUAAAGUUUAGACUACAGCAUGUUGCAGAGGUCUGGACAUUUCUUGACCGCAGUUUUGACCCAUUGUGUCAAAACAGGCAGGUCUUUGUGCUUUGUGUCUGGGAUGAGUGAAGAAUGAUGAUUUAGAGAAAGAUGGCGAGAGUUGAAUGUUGACUCCUAGCAAGGAGAGAGAAAGAGCAGGACAUAGAGGAGAAGUAAUAUUUAAAGCUUUUCCAAAAGAAACCUUGUUUGUUUACCUCAUUAGAGUCAUGGAGGAUUCUGUCAUAUAAAUGUUAAUUCAUCUGAGUUUAUAUAUUGUCAGUUGAAUGUGUCAAAGCUGCUCAGUUAGCAUCGGAUUACACUAUGUUUUUCCGUAAAAUGAACAUUAUCAUUGAAGAUGAUGAAUAAAGAGGUCUAAUAAUUUUACACUGGCCUCUGAGUCAGUUACUGCUGAGUAUCUUUACCAUAGAUUGGCUGUUGUUUUGCGUACACGCGUUCGUGUACGUAUUUCUCUCCUUUGCAGUGAUGAACCAUUUCUAUAUUUCACUGUGCUGAUGAAACAUGUUGACUUAAUGGCUAUUAACCAGGUCAAGCUGCCGUUUUUACUUGUUCAUAAAAGACAAAUCAUAAAUGGUUUUAAUUAGGAGAGUAGUACUAAGAUUAUAUGUCAUUGUAAAAGUACUGUAAGUUUAACAUGCCAAAAUCACAUCCAGUUUUUCCUGCAUUAAUUAAAGAAAAUAUUUUAUUGUCA